AUGGACAUGAGUUGGAUGUUAAUUUCUGACAGAUUUAGUCAGCCAUAUGUAGAUGGGGUGAACUCAUUUAUUGAAUUUGCAAAGGUUCAUUUGGGUGAGGCUAGGGAGAUUAAGUGCCCAUGCAUCAAUUGUUGUAACUUUUAUAAGCAGGAGUAUGAUAUUGUGAAGGCUCAUUGGCUUAUAAGUAUGAUAGCAUCAUACACCACUUGGUUAGAACACGGUGAACUUCCAGAACAUAAUAACCUCGACGAAAGCAAUGGUGAAAAUGAUGAGGAUCAAGAUGAAUAUGAUGACCUGAUAAAGGACUAUCAGAGGGGGAAUUUUAUGGAGGGUGAUACUCUAGAAAGUGAGGAUAUGCUACAUGUGAAGAUAGAAAAUAGGUGGAGCAAUAAGUCUUUUGACAAGGAGAAUGCUCGCUUGGAAAAAUCUCCCACAUGUCAAGCAUCUAGGUACAAAGUAAAUGAUAGCAAGGAUAAGAAGAUCCCUCACAAGAUAUUGUGUUACUUCCCAUUGACACCUAGGUUGAGAAUAUUGUACAUGUCUAGGAAGACGGCUAAAGAUAUGAGAUGGCAUAGUGAUAAGCGUGUUGACGAUGGUGUAGGGGGCAUCCGGCUGAUUGUAAAGAGUGGAAGGAAUUUGAUUUGCAUUAUCCAGAGUUUCCCUGGAGACUUGCAAUGGACUGAUAUUGAUGUCUACCUAAGGCCAUUGAUUGAUGAGUUGGAGGAGUUGUGGGAGAAUGGCAUGAUGACUUACGAUGCCUCCACUAAACAGACCUUCCGGAUGCAUGCAGCUGUAAUGUGGGCCAUAAAUGACUUCCCUGCAUAUGGUGACUUAUCCGGAUGGAGAACUAAAGGUUAUUUGUCUUGCCCUCCUUGUAAUGAUAAUCCAUUGUCACGCGGGUUGAUCAGUAAGAUUGGGUGGGUGGGUCAUCGAGCUUACUUGCCUGAUAACCACCUUUGGAGGAAAGAUAAGAAGUUUAAUGGUUUAACUAAGCUUAGAAAGAAAUCCUUGGAUUUACCGGUGGAAAAAGUAAUGGCUCAAUUGGAUCAAUUGUGGGAAGUCAAGUUUGGAAAGGAUCCUACCAACAAGAAAAGACCACGAGAGUCUGAAGAAUUGAAUUGGACAAAGAAAAGCAUAAUGUGGGAGCUACCGUAUUGGAAGAAAUUAAACCUCCGACACAAUCUUGAUGUCAUGCACAUUGAGAAGAAUAUUUGUGAAAACUUUUACGGGACGAUGUUGGCCAUAGAUGGGAAAAACAAGGACACGCACAAAGCACGUGAUGAUUUGCAAGAAAUGGGCAUAAGGCAAGAAUUGCAUCUACAGAGGAAAGAUAACGGAUCCGUUGUAAAGCCUUGGGCAGCCUACACAUUGGAUUCUCGACAAAUAGAUGGUUUUUGUGAAUUCUUGAAGUCUAUUAGUUAUCCAGAUAGCUAUGCAGCAAACAUCUCAAGAUGUGUGACUUCUAAAAAUGGAAGAUUAUCGGGCAUGAAAAGCCAUGAUUGUCAUGUCCUGCUUCAGCGACUUCUACCAAUUGGCAUGCGUGGUUUUGUGAACAAGGAGAUCUGUACAACACUAUUUGAGUUGGGCAACUUCUUCCAAGAACUGUGCUAA